ACGUCCUCUGCAUCAGACAGUGAUGGAAGAGCAGCAGGUCACCAUAAAACACACAUCGCCGAUCUCAGCAUCGCUCCAGUCCGUUUCGGGGUGGUCCCUUGGUGAUUCCAGUCCCCACAUGCAGGAGGAGGGCGGGCUGAAAAGAAGGUGGAGUGAAAAUGGGCAGGAAAAGAGGCGAAGAUGGAGCGGCAGAGAUGCUCUUGUGAAUGAACCAACGAGGUAGAGUUUUCAGGUUUGUCCUCUGCUCGACGUUGACGAUGGAGUCCACCCACCUCCUGGGUGGUGCUAAGAAGCGAGUGAAGAUCCACCCUCACACCGUCACAGCCAAAUAUGCCACGCACGGCCCUUACUCCCCGCAGGCUGGCAUCCACACACACUUCCCUCAGCCUGGUGAUGAGGGCUACGACGAUGCACCCUCAUUCGAGGACUUUGGCUCCUUCCUAGAGGAGACAUCAGACAAGAAGCAGCUGACAGAAGCCAAGAGGUGGCCUCUGACUCUGUUUGCCGCCAAAGACAAGGACAAGGGGGGCACGCCGACACUCCAGGCGGACGGGAGUGGCGAUGGUGUCGAAGGGGGAGCCAGAGUUGCAAAGGGACCUGGGAAAGGGGUUGGGGAACAGCUGGCGAGCUUUGGGGAGGCGUCUGUGUCCGCGUCCCGGUUCACCUGGGUUGGACUCUUGGGGGCAGCGCUGGGUAGCGGAUGUGUGAUUAUUCUGACUCGUGUGGCCUCGGAGCACUUCAGUCUGGGUCCCCUCUUUCUUCUCUUGGUACGGUCCAUCGUGCAGCUCCUCUCUGUGGCCGUACCACUCCACAAGGGGGAGAACCCCUUUGGACCAGAAGGUUACCGACUCCGUCUGCUGUGUUAUGGCGUGGCCUACUCCCUCUCCCUCUGCUGUGCUUACUCAUCACUGACCUUUGUCUCUCCUGACAAUGCCACCACCACCUGGCGCCUUGCAACCAUGGUGCUGUCGGCAACGCUCGCCUUCCUGUUGCUGGAGGAGCGUCUGAGUUUGGUGGAUGGCAUCACCCUUGCGGCGGGGCUGUGUGGUUUGGGAGUUCUGCUACUACCUGCUGCAGAUGAGAGCAAUUCUGAUUCACCAACUGACCCGGUUGUGUUCUGGAGGGGUGCCUUUGGGUGGUCUCUGGCUGCACUUGCCGGGCUGUGGAUGGCCCUAGCCUUGGUUGGGUACCGCUCCCUGAAGGAGAGAGUGGGGGUGGUCACAGCUCUCUUCACAGUGAGCUGGACGGGCUGCCUGCUGACACCGGCGCCACUGGCUCUGCUCCAGGAGGGCUGGUCUUGGCCCGAGAGCACCCUUGAAUGGGGCCUGAUCCUGGGCUUGGUGGCCUGCUCAGCCACUGCCUUUAUAGGGGUGACGCACGGCCUCACCCGCCUCCACCCGGCACUGGUAUCGGCCUGCCAAAGCUUGGAGGUGGCGGUCGCCACAGUAGUGCAUCUGGCCUUGCUGCCGAUGGCGCCCACCGCUGCGGAGGUGGUCGGGAACACGAUGGUGAUGCUGAGCGUCGGCUGGUUGGUGGCUGUGAAGCUGCUUCCCUCACGCGGGGCUGGGCGGCGCCACCGGGAGGAGUAUGAGGAGAUUCUGGACUCACCCAUUAAAUAGACACUUAUACACUCUCUCUAUUGUAUAUUUCAACUGCUAAAUGCUGAUUGGAGCUUUAUUACCUAUGCCAAGCACAAUGUUUAUGUAUUGAUCACCAUCUGUUUUUUCAUCGGCUAGUUCAAUGCAACUUUGUAGAGGAGAGCCAAGGAAAAACAUCACUUGAGUGACACUGGCAGGGCUAUUCAACUAAAUUCUUCUGGGGGACACAAGCAAUGUUUACACUAGUCAAAACCUUGACUACUGCACUGCUGUUUUUAAAAACAUACUGCCAAAAAUGUUAUUCACUCGCUAUAUGAAAACAACAUUCUGCUCUUUUUAAGGACCAACUGACAGUGCUAAUGACCAAAAGGUGAGCGCUGCUGUUUUUAAAAAUCUAAAGAAAAAAAUUCAAGUUCAAGAUCCUCUAUAUGAGAGCAGACAGACUGUAAAAACACCCAUUCAAUGUCUUCUAUUUGACAGUAGAAAUUUUUCUUAGAAAUCUACUGGAAAAAUUGUCCCCUCUUGUGGCCAGUCUACUUUCUUUACCAGUUGAAUAGCCCUCGACUAAGUCAUGAGUGGUACAGUCCAGCCCAGACUCUAAAUAGCAACCUCCAUGAACCAGGAAGUAGCCUGCAUACAUAGUAAAUGUUUUUUUUUUUCCACUUCAGAGUGCCGUUCUCAACUAAUCUGUUGCGUCCUCUUUGUUACCUUUGUUAUUUGAAGUGCCAAAGUGGUUGUUGUGUGUUAUCACUUGAUGUUGUGACAUUAAAGUAUGGCUGAUCAACAAA